AUGUCGUCGGCUCUCGGCAGCCAAUCUAGCGCCAGACUUGAUACCUCCGCCAUAGAAGAGAUCCCGGACGAGGACCCCCAACAGAAUUUGUUUCAUCAGGUUUUCGAAUGGCUGGAACACGAGAAGGCAAGAAGGAAAAUACGCAAGGCACGGCGGAAUGGAGCUGGUGUAGACUCUGUGGAUGGUCCUCCUGAGGGUCAAGGUACUGGAGACGAAUCUCGUAGCUCCGAUGGCUCCUUUUCCCUAGACAUGCUGGAGAAAAUUCUACAUCAAUAUGCAGGAUCUGGCUUAGAGCCGGUUCAAUACGCCAAGCGCGUCAUUCGCCGUCGUCAUAGGGGUCUUCGUCGAGGGUCAGCUUCUGAAUCUGAAUGCACUGAUGUUGAAGCCACUGUGCCCAGCGUAGAUGCCUGGCUUGACAACUCCAAAACCUUGGCCUACCCAAGCAGUACGGCCCUGGAUGAAGAGUUGGCUGAUAGCACUGUUUCCUUGAAACGGGCCAAGGACAAGGAGUCUUGGACUGUUUUUAAAACUGAGAUUCUACGUCUUGCACACACAUUGCAGCUCAGGGGCUGGCGCAAAGUGUCUAUGGAUGACGCUGCAGACAUGGAUGUCAUUCGUCUGAGUGGCGCAUUGACCAACGCUGUAUAUGUGGUUAAGCCACCAAAGCACAUACCUGUUGCGAACAACGACAACAGCUCUUCCCAAUUGAUUGCGAGAAAACCUCCGCCAAAGCUAUUGCUACGUAUCUACGGUCCUCAAGUAGAUCACUUAAUUGAUCGAGAAAAAGAACUGCAGAUCCUACGUCGUCUGGGCCGCAAGAACAUCGGUCCUCGCAUGUUGGGUACAUUCAACAACGGUCGAUUUGAAGAGUUCUUCGAGGCUCGUCCACUCAGUCCAGGGGAAUUGCGGCAGCCAGAGACAGCAAAGCAAAUCGCAAAGCGGAUGAGGGAGCUUCACGAUGGAAUUGAGCUUCUAGACGAAGAACGUGAAGGCGGCCCGGCGAUCUUCAUGAAUUGGGACAAAUGGGUUGACCGUUGCGAGCAAGUGACCACUUGGCUGGAUAAGGAGCUUGAAUCCCCGGAAAAUGAUGUCAAGGCUGCCACAGAGCCCUGGCGUCAACGUGGCUUCGUCUGUGGUGUACCGUGGGCAAUAUUCCGCAAAGCUGUAGAGAACUAUCGGAUCUGGUUGAUUGCGAGCUGUGGAGGCAUUGAUGAGAUCAAGCGACAGCUUGUAUUCGCCCAUAACGAUACUCAAUAUGGCAACCUCCUGCGCAUGGAACCUGCCACAGAAUCCCCACUCCUCCUUCCUGCCAACAAGCAUAAACAGCUCGUAGUUAUCGAUUUUGAAUACUCCUCCGCCAAUACUGCUGGAUUUGAAUUUGCUAACCACUUUACGGAGUGGUGUUACAAUUAUCACGACGAGGAGCGAGCUUGGGCCUGCAACAACCGUACCUAUCCCACUCCGGAAGAACAGCAACGGUUCUUAUGGACCUAUAUCCACCACCGACCUGCCGUCACAGGCGGUGUUGUGUCACCGCUAGCCACCCCGGCCAUGCGGGGUCGCACCGGCACUUCUAUUGCCCAUCUAGACCUUGACGAUACUGGAACAUCAACCCCCGAGAUCGAAACAACCCAAGAGGAUGAGGUAGAAUUAGAGAUGCGCCACCUUUUGCGACAGACUCGCCUAUGGCGCGUGAUGUGCUCAGCACAGUGGGUGGCAUGGGGUAUCGUGCAAGCCAAGGCUUCCGGCAUGAAAGAAGGCAUUGCAAAGAUGAGUGCCGCUGAGAACGGGAACGGUCAUCACAAUGGGAACGGAGAGGAAAAAAGGCCUCCCGUUGACUCGGAUAUUGACGAAGAAGAAGAGUUUGACUAUCUUGCUUACUCUCAGGACCGAGCUAUGUUCUUCUGGGCGGACUUGUUGGCGAUGAAUCUUGUCAAUGCGGACGACCUGCCUCCGCUCAUGCUGGAACAUCUCAAGACACGAAUCAUCGAUUAUUAA